AUGCAACCGACUGAAGCAGAAGCAGCAACGGAGGCACCAGCAGCAGCAGCAGAAACAGAAGCAGCAGAAGAUACUUUGGAAAGUGUGCGGCCUGUCUUCGAGGAGCUGCUGUUUGAGGAGCCCAUGGAGCAGCAGCAGCAGCAGAAGAGAAACCUGAAGUUUAUUGUCGCUAGAGAGGGUCUAUUUGCCGGUUUCUGCAUCACAAAUGAAGUCGAACUCGCCCCAGUAAGCAACAGAAAACAGUAG